UGGUGGAAACAGACAGCUGCGCAUUUCUGCCCCGUCUCCUGUCAGUAGGCUCUUGGACAGUGUUGGCCAGGUAAAGAAAAAAGUGAGACCUGUGCAGAAGAAGGAAGUGGGGACAAAGAGACACUGGUGGUGUCAAGAAACAGCAAGGAAAAGAAGUUGCCAUUUUCAAAAACUCAAAACAUCUGACAUCUCAAAGGCAACCUGCAAUCCUCUUUACAAAGGGACUGGUGCCUGCUGGAGUGUAAAGCAUGCCGACCAGGGUGGACCUGCUUGUGGCUCUUUGCCUCAUUACCUGCUCCCACUGCUCCCCACUCUACCCAGCGCUCAGGUACAAUCCACUGCCUGUCUCAGGGAAGGAGAUGAGCUUUCAGCUCCGAGAAAGCAGCCCAGCUCAGACCCACAAUCUCUCCAUGGAAGAACAGGAGGAAGACAUCCUGAUGGACCCAACAGAGAAAAGGAUGCAACGCCAUGCUGAUGCCAUAUUUACCAAUAGCUACAGGAAAGUCCUGGGUCAGAUCUCAGCUCGGAAACUCUUACAAACUGUCAUGGGCAAGCGACUGAGCAGACAGGGAAAUCGAGAGGAAGAAGGUCAUGAAGUAGUGUCUAGACGUCAACUAGAUGGCAUCUUGAUGGACAGCUGCUACCACAAACAGAUGGUGUUACAGGACUUCUUGGCAGCCGUGUUGCAGAAUCAAAGGCCUAAGGGGAUCACCAGCAAACUAGAGAAUGUACCUGGGAUCCUCACCAGGCUCAUAAACCUGUAAAAUUAGAGGAAGUCAAGAAAACUCCUGCUGUGCUCAAACAGAGGAAUUCCCAGAGAUGAAGAGCCCAUCUGUACAAUACUCUACCUGCAGCAAAGAAGGUGUGAUAUUGGCUCCAUUUCUUCGUCUUUCCUUUGGAAAUUGUAAAAUUCAUCCAUAUCAUUGACUCUAGAAUUUUCUCAGAGGCCAUGUCUUAUAUAAGUUAGGAAGAGUGUGGAUGAAUCGGCAUGCAAUUUGUCUAUAAUUUGCAUAUGACAAUUGUCCAAGUAGGUAUGAAUUCGAACACUGAAAAUGUUCAUUUCAAGAUUCCUCUCUCAGGUCCCAUUUUUAAUCAUUACUGACCUGAAUUCCUCACCCCAGGGAUUCCAGUUUGCAAACCACGUCCUUGGGGGGCAUCCACCUACCCCACACCCAUCCUACCUGCUACAAAGAAUAUUGCAACAGGAUCUAGGGAAAUGGAAAUGAAGUCAGAGCUGGUUUUUAAUUAAAUUUGCUGAGUGAAUCUGAGCCAGAAACAAAAAUGCUUCUUCUUUACUACAUACAAGUGCAGACUUCCCAGCACUGAACUACCACUAGUUGAGAUGUCUCCUUUGUCUAGGCCUGAAAGAAUGAAGACUGGGGAGGAACCCUGAAAAUGUACCCCAGUAAAGCAGCUUCCAUUUGAAAGACCCUGCUUGUCCUUUGUUGUUUUUUUUUUUAAUGUAUGAGGUAUUUUAUUUUUUCCGUUACAUGUAAAGAUAGUUCUCAACUUUUGUUUAUACAUGCUUUACAAUUGUCCUUUGUUUUUAAUUCAGCUCCGUAGCAUUAUAACAGAUAAAUUUUUGGAGAUUCCUUUGGAAAGCUUCCUUUUUUAAAUAAUAUUUUGGUUUUUUCCCCAAUUACAUGCAAAGAUAGGUUUAAACAUACAUUUCUUAGGAAAGGCUUUUAAAAAUAAAAAAAACUAUUAAUACUUUUUUUCUUCCUCACCCACCCUCCCCAAAAAAACCUAUGUAAGAAAA